CUUUCGCCAGCACACGUUGUCAAAUGGUGUGUAGCAGAACAAACUAAGAAAACAUAAUCACUGGUUAACUUACAAAGGACUGGAAUUGUAUAGCAUCAGAAAAAUGCGUUCCAUAGUUGGACUGCUGGGCGUCCUGUCCGCGGCAACCUGCUACCUUUACCUGCUGUCCACGCACCUGCCCGCCGUCUCCCCAAUCCCAUCAGACAACACAGACGAGGACUCGGAAGUCAAGGAGUAUCGGCUGAAGUUCCCUUCUGACCUGGACGAGCUAAGGGAGCUAGCGGAGACGCUAAAGUUCUACAAGAGAGAACACCACAACUAUGUCCUCCUGCUGUUCUGCAGCGCCUACCUCUACAAACAGUCUUUCGCCAUCCCUGGGUCCUCCUUCUUGAACAUGCUGGCCGGGGCUCUGUUUGGGACCUGGGAGGGUCUGGCCCUGGCCUGCCUCCUGACCACCUCGGGCUCCACCUUCUGCUACCUGCUCUCCUCCGCUUUCGGGAAGGAGCAUGUCAUCCGCCUCUUCCCUGACAAAGUGGCCUUGCUGCAGAGAAAGGUGGAGGAGAACAAGAGAAGUCUCUUCUUCUUCCUCCUCUUCCUGCGUUUGUUCCCCAUGACACCUAACUGGUUCCUUAAUGUCACCUCCCCCAUCCUCAACAUACCCCUGACUCUCUUCUUCCCCACUGUGCUGAUAGGUUUGAUUCCGUAUAACUUCAUCUGUGUCCGGACCGGGUCCAUUCUGUCCAAGAUCUCCUCCAUGGAUGACAUCUUCUCCUGGGGAACGCUGGCUCAGCUCCUGGCCAUCGCCUGCGGGGCUCUCCUCCCGGGUGCACUGAUCCGCCGCUACAGCCAGGCGGCCCUGGACGGCGCCGAGCAGACACAGGACAGAGGCCAGCACCACAAGGCCCAAUGAGGGGGGACAACAACACAGAUGAGAAACAAAAGAAUAGGAGGAGGUGGACUGGGACGACAAUGUUUCACAAGGUGGUGAGCUUCUAUCCCCAACGCUCUCCAGCAUUACAAUAGGUGAUUUUAUUAUGGUGUGUGCUGCUUUCUUAAACUAAAACGUCUUAAAUCUGUGUCUGGGUCAAGGUAAAACCAAGCUUAAACCGUUCAAGGUGAAUUAUUUUACAUAGUUGACUUUCUCUUCACUGCUCAGAAUAUUUGUACUCUUUUUUUAGCGUUGUGCUCUCAGGACAGAGUGUCUGCUGACACUCUGCUAUGUCCAGCAGUGCUCAAGACCCUGAGCUCCAUUGUAAUUUCUUAGUAGUACUAAAGAAUGCGGUUGGAACCAUCUACAGCCUUCACUGACAUUCUCCGCGGGAUGUUGUCCUCCGUGGAACGCAGUGUGCAAUAGAUGCACCCUGUCCUUUCUGAUCAAGACACUUCCUUUUUUGCAGAAGUAAACUAAGUAUAUUUCGUGAAAUGCAUGUGUAAGUUGAUAACGCACACAGCGAAAUCCAGACAUUUUGUAUUUGUUGACAUAGGCUUUGACUUCAUGGGCUUUGACAAGCAGGGUUUGCAUGGGGAAUGGAGGCUUGUGUCAGAGUACUAUGAAUACUGGUCCUGUUAGAUUCUUAAGACAAUUACUUUUUCUAUAAAAAAAUAAUUGAAAGGGUU